GGGGGGGGGGCGGGCGCGAUGGGCGGAGACCACUACCAGACGCUGGGGCUGCAGCGCGACGCCACCAAGGCGGAGGUGAAGGCCGCGUUCCGCCGCCGCGCGCUCCGCGACCACCCGGACCGCCACGCCCACUCCCACGACGCGGCCGCCCGCGCCGACGCCGCGCGCCGCUUCCGCCUCGCCUCCGACGCGUACAGGGUCCUCUCCGACGACCGCCUCCGCGCCGAGUACGACCUCCGCCUCCGCCCCUCCUCCUGGUCCUCCUCGUCCGCCUCGUACGGGUACGGGUACGGGUACGGCCACAGCCGCCGCGGCCGUUCCUGGCGCCGAGAUCCUCCGGGUGGAGGAGGUGCCGCCGCCUCGGCGAGGUUCGAUUGGGACUUGUUGCUGAAGUCGGUCACGCGGCGAGGGUUCCUCAUCAAUCUGGGUUUCGCCAGGUUAUCAAUUACGAAAAUAAAAUUGGAAUGGCUGUUGUUGGUGCCGGCAAGAUUAUACAUAGACUUUGAGCAAGGUGACAGGAAGAAUAAAAUGCCAUGUAUUGGUUUAAAUCUUUCAUGCUGGAGUGUACUGCUGACCGGAGCAGCUUUUCUUGAUGGAAGCAUUUUAGAAAUCUGGAAGAUGAAUAAUUCUGGGAAAUCAUUUGAGGACGCGAUGGAAUCAAUAGAGAAGGUCAAAAUACAGAAGGAAAAUAGGUAGAAGUAAAAUCCACUUUCCGUACAUAUAUAUAAACCAAUGUGCAGAUACUGUUUUCCAGGUUGUAAUUAAUUUGUUGUAAUGCGCGUGUUCGAAUAAUUUGUUUCACAAGAAGUCAGGAUUGAUGCUUGUAAUAUCUCAUUGAUCAGAGUUCCUCGCUAGAUAAAAAAAAAAGCAUCACACAUACUGCUUUAGGUGUA